AUGGCGAUCCAGAAGAAGCACGGCAAAGGCCGUCUGGAUAAGUGGUACAAGCUUGCCAAGGAGAAAGGAUAUCGUGCCCGUGCCGCCUUUAAGUUGAUCCAGCUCAACAAGAAGUAUGGGUUCCUGGAGAAGAGCAAGGUCCUGCUGGAUCUUUGCGCUGCGCCUGGUUCAUGGUGUCAAGUCGCCGCGGAGGUCAUGCCGGUCAACAGUCUGAUUGUUGGAGUCGACUUGGCGCCCAUCAAGCCCAUUCCUCGAGUCAUCACCUUCCAGAGCGACAUCACGACAGACAAGUGCCGCGCCACCAUUCGACAGCACUUCAAGACAUGGAAGGCGGAUACGGUUCUGCACGAUGGUGCUCCCAACGUCGGUACCGCCUGGGCCCAGGACUCCUUCAAUCAAGCAGAGCUCGCGCUGCAAUCAUUGAAGCUCGCGACCGAGUUCCUUGCGGAAGGAGGCACGUUCGUGACCAAGGUCUUCCGAUCCAAGGAUUACAACCCCUUGCUGUGGGUAUUGAACCAGCUCUUCACCAAGGUCGAAGCCACCAAGCCCCCGUCUUCUCGAAACGUCUCGGCCGAAAUCUUCGUCGUUUGUCGAGGAUACAAAGCGCCAAAGCACAUUGACCCUCGCUUCCUGGACCCGAGAUCAGUCUUUGCAGAGCUCGCGGGCGGCACCCCGAACAAUGAAGCCAAGGUCUACAAUCCCGAGGUGAAGAAGCGGAAGCGUGAUGGUUACGAGGAAGGCGACUACAUACAGUUCAAGGAGAUUGCAGCAAGCGACUUCAUCCAGACCAGUGAUCCGAUCGCAAUUCUCGGAUCCUACAAUAAGCUUUCCUUUCACCAGUCACCCAACGGAGAUAUUGCGCUUGCCGCUCUUGACAAGCUGCCUGAGACAACUGCGGAGAUACGAGAAUGCUGCGCCGACUUGAAAGUUCUGGGUCGUAAAGAAUUCAAACUUCUUCUGAAAUGGCGGUUGAAGGUGCGAGACAUCUUUGGCCUAUCGCAGAAAAAGGCAGCAGCCCCAGAGGUUGCUGAGGAAGUGGCCGGAGUAGAAUCAAUGGACGAGGAGCUCCGGAUACAAGAAGAGCUGCAGGCAAUGAAGGACAACGAAAACGCCAAGAGGAAGCGCGAGAAGCGUAAAGAAAAUGAGCAGAAGCGUCGGGAGAUUAUCAGGAUGCAGCUGAACAUGAUGGCGCCGAUGGACAUUGGCAUGGAGGAGUCUGGGCCUAUGGGAGAAGGGGCCAUGUUCUCCCUCAAGACCAUUGAUAAGUCAAAUGGCAUGAACCGCUUCUCUAGGGGCAAGAUGAUCACAGUACCAAACACGGAGACGAAAGCUGCUGAGGAGACGCUGGACGCUUCCGCAGAGGCAGCCGAGAGCGACAGCGAAGAAGACCUGCUGGAGACGGAGCUCGAUGCCAUGUACGAGCAAUACAGGGAACGCAAACUGGAGGCAGACACCAAGUACCGGGCGAAAAAGGCAAGGAAGGAACACAAGGAUGACGAGUGGGAGGGCCUUUCAGGGGGUGAAGACGCAGACAGCGACGCGAGCGAACUCAAGGAGGAGGACGACGACGACUCAUCCGACGACGAAGAUGAGGGUUUGCCUAAGAAUGGAUUAUUGACGGAUUUGGACGGCCAGGCGGGAGAGAGCCAGGACGGCUUGUCAAGAAAAGCGUCAGCCUUCUUCAGCCAAGAUAUCUUCAAGGAGAUCACCGGGGGCUCUUUGCUUGGGGCCGAGGAGGAGGAUCAAGAGACAGCUCCUGCAAACGGUACGAAGGCUCGCACAUCAGAGCUGCCUGCACAAAAGACGAUGCAGAAGUUGUCUUUGCAGGACGAUGGAGUUGAUUCGGAGGACGACCAAGAAUUCGAGGUCGUCAGGGGCGAGGAGGAAGACGAUUGGGAGGAAAAGGACAAGCGACGAUCAGAUGGAAGAAUCGACAUUGAUAUUGUCACGGCUGAAGCAAUGACGCUUGCGCAUCAGCUCGCCACGGGGCAGAAGACAAGCCACGAUGCCAUCGACGAUGGCUUCAACAAACGUGCCUUCCGCGAUAAGGAUGGCCUGCCCGAAUGGUUCCUGGAUGACGAAGGCAAGCACGACAAGCCGCAGAAGCCCAUCACCAAGGCGGCCGCCGCUGCGAUCAAGGAGAAGCUGAGAGCCUUCAACGCCCGACCGAUCAAGAAGGUGCGGGAGGCAAAGGCACGGAAGAAGUUCAAGACGGCCCAGAAGCUGGAGAAGCUGAAGAAGAAGUCGGACAUGCUGGCCGCCGACGAAGGCAUGACGGAGAAGGAGAAGGCCGAGAGCAUACAGAAGCUGCUGAGCAAGGCCAAGAAGCAGAAGCCGCGACAGCCGGCCAAGCUCGUCGUCGCCAGGGGCUUGAACAAGGGUGUCAAGGGCCGGCCGAAGGGUGUCAAGGGACGGUACAGAAUUGUCGAUGCCAGGAUGAAGAAGGAGUUGCGAGCGCAGAAGAGGAUUCAGAAGAGGAAGAAGUAA